UAUAAAAAUGUAUGUCGGAUAACGUUUACAAACAAGGAUUUUCGAAUAUUUAAGACAUUUGGCGACGUUUUACUUAUCUCAAAUAUCUGUCAUGGAUAAAUAAAGUUAUUUAAAUCAAUUUGACAUCAAAAUUAUUUCGAUACCUGUAAAAUAUCGGCGUUCGUGUUCAUUUGAAAAUCGCUCGUGCAAGAAUCGAAUUUGACUCAUAGUUGCCAAGACAAGAUAAUGCGCAGCUCGUUUUCUAAGUUUAGAGGCAGUUAUGAUCUAGAAUAUGUUUCAAUGCGUAAAAAUUUUGAUUUGCAGGCGUACAGCGAGCUGAUCUCCCUUGCAGAAAAAGAUUUAUAUGACGGUGAACUAGCGCCAGGAAUCCUAAACACAAAGGAUUAUGCAAUAACUUCUCCAUCUACUAGAAGGACACCAUCUCAGUGUAGUGAUACAAGCAACGUCUCUUCACAAGGAAUUCCUACAACUGGCACAACAAGAGAAAGACAUUCUCAACGAAACAGUGGUGUCUUAGAUUCGCAUGACCUUUCAUCGCACGAAACGCCUUCGACAAGUUUUAUGAACAAAACACCUGCAGGAAGACGUUCUCAACCAAACGUUAAUGGCUUCCAAAGAUCAGUUCUCACCAAACUGGAAACAUUAAUUAAUAAGCAAGAAGAAACGUAGUCAAUAUUGCGUGCUCUGUUAAGCGUUACGAAAGGUGUAGACGAGCACGAAAUUGUGGAAGAUGUUGUACCUAAUCCCUUAGAUUCGGUGUAUCCCUUUAUAAGUGAAAAUGCCACAAUUUUUUGAUUAAUUUCAGUGCCCAACUCACCUCCAAUUCUUCGUGUGUACCAAACCAUUUACACUCUUCAGAUGGACAGUGUAAUUGAAUCUUUUUUAACUCACGCUUCGUAAAAGCAUCCGGGAAAACCUAGAUGGAUCCAUGGAAAUUGAUCUUUUAUGAAACAAGAUUAAAUGUAGCAAAAGACAGAGUCACUUCACUUCACUAAAAUGCAAGUUUGCACUAGACGUUAAAUGAAACAGUAACGUAAAUUUCUUACAAGAACUGUUGGCAAACUUUUUUGAAGUAGAAUUCACCGACGCACUAACGCUAAGUGCAAAGGCUCUCAACAUGUAAACUCAACAACGAGCUCAACAUAUUCAACACCGUGUUUAGGAGAGUUGAGUAGUAGCUAUUAAGCGGGGUUGAGCGUUGUUGAGUGAAGUUUAAACUUGCUCAAAAUUUCCACUCAACAGCACUCAACAUUUGCUUUAUUCCAUGGUCACCAAACCGCACCUCAACUUUGUUUAUAGUGCAAUGAAACUUCUGGUUUUUAAAACAGCACACUCAACAUGUUGAGCGAAAGCAUGAACACUACCUGUGCAGCUUAUAUUGUUGUUAUUUACCUGGUCACUGAACCGUUUAUGUACCUGUAUAUACGCUGUUGCUAGGCAUGGUGGAAUAUUUUAUCUCAUGAUCCUAGGCGAUAACAUUUCAAGACUCAACAUGUUGAGAACGUUUGCACACAUCGUUUAGCAUCACUCAUCAAACAAAAAACAAUGUUUAGCGCAUGUUGAGUCAACAUAUUGAGAACGUUUGCACGUAGCUUUGACAACCCAAGUUGCAAAAGGAUUUUCUAUGUCACAAGACACGACAAUAUACGUAAAUCGUUGUAUUAUUUUUUAGAACUCAAAGAGUAAUUAUAAUUAUAGUUGUUAAGCCAA